GGUGUGGUAGAGGGAAGUCGCAGGCCAGUACUUAGGGCCUCACCGCCCAGCAGGCCUGGCCUCCUUUGCACUCUCGCACACCCUGGACGUCCAGCCCGCCGCAGCCGGGGAGCCAGUGGGGCGGCCACUGGGCCGCAUCAUGGUGACCCCCUGCCCCACCAGCCCUGUUAGCCCUGUCGCCCGGGCUGGGAGGCGGGACAACGACCAGAACCUCCGCGCCCCAGUAAAGAAGAGCAAGCGUCCACGCCUUCGGAGGAAGCAGCCACUGCAGCCGCUGGACCCGUGCCUGCUCCCAGGAGAUUCUGGAGUUUGCGACCUGUUCGAGACUCCCAGCUCCGGCUCGGAUGGCGCAGACAGCCCCGCGGCGUCCGCGGCACGCGGCUGCAGCCCCUUACCCGGCCCUGCCCAGCAGUUGGUGCAGCUAGAUCUACAGACCUUCAGUGAUUACGGUCAGAGCUGCUACGCCUUCCUCAAGGCGCGGGAGAGCCACUUCCACCCGCGGGAGUCGCUGGCGCGGCAGCCACAAGUAACGGCGGAAUCCCGCUGUAAGCUGCUCAGCUGGCUGAUACCCGUGCACCGCCAGUUCGGCCUCUCCUUCGAGUCUCUCUGCCUGACGGUGAACAUUCUGGAUCGCUUUCUUACCACCACGCCUGUGGCUGCAGACUGUUUCCAGCUGCUUGGGGUCACGUCCCUGCUCAUCGCUUGCAAACAGGUGGAGGUGCACCCGCCGCGCGUGAAGCAGCUCCUGGCCCUGUGCUGCGGCGCCUUCUCCCGGCAGCAGCUCUGCAACCUCGAGUGCAUCGUGCUACACAAACUGCACUUCAGCCUGGGCGCGCCAACCAUCAGCUUCUUCUUGGAGCAUUUCACGCACGCCCGUGUGGAGGCCCGGCAAGCCGAAGUCCCCCAAGCCCUGGAGGCGCAAGCGCUGGCUCGAGGGGUGGCGGAGCUGAGCCUGGCAGACUACGCCUUCGCCAGUUACACCCCUUCCCUGCUGGCCAUCUGUUGUCUGGCUCUGGCUGACCGUAUGCUGCAGCUCCCGUGCCCCGUGGACUUGUGCCUGGGCGGGCACCCCGAGGCAGCGCUGCAGGACUGCCUGGGCAAGCUGCAGAUACUGGUAGCCAUAAAUGGAACCUCUCUGACUCACAUGCUGCCCCACCAGAUUUGCAACAAGUGCAGCCUGUCCCGGAGCUUGAAAUAAAGUAGAUUCUGGGUCUCCUUUUAUCCCUUGGCCAGGGGCCUGGACCUCUCCCAUUGCUUUGAGAAAAUGUAGUAUUGAGCCACAAAGAGGGGUUUGGGACUCCAACUGGUCACCAGGCCAUACUGUGCGUUGUAAAUAGUGUACAUAGUAGCGUCUAUUCGUUUAUUUAUUUUUUUCUGAGAGCACAUGAGAAGCGUC